ACCUGGUGGUGCAGGUAAUAUUGCUGACUAUUUCAGCUCUUUUAAGGGUUUCAUUGUAAGAAUAAAGCUCUUUCUGCCCUCUCGCUCAUUUUGCAUUGUGUCUACAGAACAAGUUUUAGAUAAUGGAUGCGCUACGUCUAGCAAAUACUGGCUUGGCAGUAGAUAUUUUUAAAAAAUUGUGUGAGAAGAGCUCAACAGAUAAUUUUGUCUUCUCACCACUAUGCAUCUCCACCUCUCUGGCUUUACUGCACAAGGGAUCACAAGGAGGCACAGCAAGUGAACUAGAGAAAGCCCUUCAUUUUGAAAAAGUGAAAGAUUCCGAUUUUGGAUUUCAGUUACUCUCUUCCGAUAUCUCCAAAAUAAGCUCCGUAUACUCAUUUAAACUAUUGAAACGUGUCUACGUGGACAACAGCAUUGAGUGCAAAAAGGAUUUUAUCAAUUCAACCAAGAAACCAUACCCAUCCGAACUGGAAACUAUUGAUAUCAAGAGUCGACCUGAAGAGGCAAGAAGUCAAAUAAAUUCCUCAGUAAAAGAGCUAACUGAUGGUAACUUUGAGUCUGUCUUGAAAGAGGGUUCAUGUGAUGAGAAGACAAAUAUCAUUAUGCUUGGUGCAGCCAGUUUCAAGGGAAAUUGGGUUUAUAAAUUUAAUGAAUCUGAUACAAAAGAAAUGGAUUUUCAUAUAAAUAAGAAAGAAACAAAGCCUGUGCAGAUGAUGCAUUUAGAAGCCCGUCUAAGCAUUGGAUAUAUAAAUGAGCUGAAAACAAUGGUAUUAGAGCUACCGUUUACCAGCAAGCACAUAAGCAUUCUCAUCUUGUUACCUAAAGAUAUUGAGGAUGAUUCCACUGGUCUAAAAAAGCUGGAACAGGACAUGACUUUUGAAAAGUAUACUCAUUGGACCAAUCCAAGCAUGAUGGCUAACAGCAAGGUGAAAGUGUAUUUGCCCAAAUUCAAGCUGGAAAGCUCAUAUGACCUUAAGGAUAUGCUGAAAAGUUUGGGAAUAAACAACGCAUUUAACGAAGAGACAUGUGACUUUUCUGGAAUGACGGAGAGUAAAGGCAUAUCUAUCUCUCAAGCUAUACAUAAGGCCUGCAUUGAGGUGAAUGAAGAUGGCACUGAGACAGCAGAUGUGACCAUGGAGAGGCGACUAAUGAAUAAAGAGGAGUUCCUUGUAAACCACCCGUUUAUAUUUAUUCUAAGGCACAAUAAAACACGCACAAUCAUUAUGUUAGGCAGAUAUUGUGGCCCUUCAACUGAUGAUUAAACUUCUAUAACCUAUCAUAAGCCCUCUUCAAAGGCUAUAACAACAUGGUUCAAUAAAGCUCUGUAAAUAUUAAAAAGGUCUUCAUAAUUA